AUGUCAUCUAAUGCAGGACAGAAUCCCUCCUCCAAAGCAAAUAAUAUCUCAAAUUCCCCGGCCGCGCCUCCAGCCUUUCACUCAACAGCUUCGGGAGACACCAACACUCAGCGUCGUGUAGGAGGCUCCGGAAAUUUUGGAGCAGGGUCCUCGUCAAGAAAUUCGCCUACUCCAAGGAACGCUCAAGGUCGAAAGAAUCAACACAAGCACCAGAAGAAACCACGGUUGUUAGAUGAUGACGAAUAUAGCGAAUCGGCCGUGAUGAAAUCAACAAAUAGUCGCAAGGGACAAACGUCCAUCACUCAUCUGAUGAACUUUUCACUUCCACCUCGCCCACAAUAUCAACCACCGCCUCGUAAUACUCGGCGCUACAAUACAUGGGGUGCGGGAUCCGGGUAUCAUGCUGUCGAUAAAGCACGCUAUGUCCAUGCCAACUACCGUUUCAUUGUUUCCCCGGAUCGGAAUUACCAUUCGCAGGCCGCCAAUGCCGAUGUUCAUCUAGACUGGGCCUCUGUUCUUCAAGUGCUAGUCUCCGCGCAGACUCAAGCAGCCAGCUGCCCUAUAUGUCUAUCGACACCUGUGGCCCCGCGCAUGGCUCGUUGUGGCCAUAUAUUCUGUCUUCCUUGUCUCAUUCGUUAUAUGCACUCGUCGGAUGACGAUAAAUCAGCACCGGAAAAACGACCUCGGUGGAAGAAAUGUCCGAUCUGCUGGGACUCUAUUUACGCUUCUGAGGUCCGUCCCGUUCGAUGGUUCCGUGGUCAAGAGGGUGACUUGCCCUUCGAAGGGGGGGAUGUUGUUUUAAGGCUAGUGAAGCGAGAACCUGGUAGCACUCUUGCCCUGCCUCGUGAUGGUGCGGAAACUCUUGGGCGGGGAGAAGAUAUUCCCUGGUACCACGUAGCGGAGGUCGCAGAUUAUGCUCGGAUAAUGAAAGGCGGCGAAGAGUACAUGGAAUCUCAGUACAAUUCUGAGAUCGAAAAUCUCCGCACGCAAGCAGUUGAAGACGAACUUCUGUUUGGAGAUGAAAAUACAUGGACGCGAAAGGCCAUUUCCACUAUAUAUGACGCAAAGGAGAAACUGAAGGGCAUCGGCAAUCCACCAGAUGUUCCACGUCAGCUUGCAGUCUCUAAGUCGGUACCUCAAUCAGCAAUGGAGGUCGAUACCAGCGCGACACGAGCAUUGGAUUCCGGCAAUCUACCUACCAGCGGUGCCACUGACUCUUUGGCUGGUUCUGGCCCCGACUCCCACCAGUCUGCAGAUUCUACCUCGACACCAGCAACUUCAGAUGAAACGGACCAACUAUCUGAGACCUUGGAUAAAAUGCAGGUGAACUCAGAUUCCACCUCAAUUUCACGGCCUAGGGCCAGAGGCAAAGAAGCGCAGGGCUCCCACCCACCAGAUGAGCCAUAUUAUUUCUAUCAGGCCUUGCCACAAUUUUAUUUAUCGUCCCUCGAUAUUCGGAUUUUGAAGGCAGCUUUCAACGAAUAUGCUUCAUUCCCUGCCACCAUACUACCUCGGGUGGAGCACAUUUCAACUGGUCACAUCGUCGAUGAUGAACUGCGCAAGCGAGUCAAAUACCUCGCGCAUCUACCCUAUGGGUGUGAGGUCAAUUUCCUUGAAUGCGACUGGCGAGAUGUGGUUGUACCUGAAGUCUUGUCCCAGUUCCGCACCGAGACUGAACGGCGGCGAAAGCGGAAUCGGGAGAAAGAGGCCCGCGAAGAAAAAGAUCGUAUUCGUGCAGAGAAGGAAGAAGAUGAUAAACGAUGGGCUGCAGCCCGACGCAAGCAUCCGAGUAUGGAAAGUUCCAGCGAGGCGCCCUUCUCCGCCCAUGACUUCCAGCCAUUGGCCAAUAAUGACCCUUCUCUAUUUGAUACUGGUACUUCCUCUGCCUCUCCGCCCCGCAGUUCCUCCCAAUUUGGGGCACUGGCCUCUCCUUCUACCAGCCCCCCUGGCUCUCGCACAGUUUGGGGUACGGCAGCUAUUGGUUCACUAUCUCCAAGCUUAGAAGCUCAACUCGGAGCACCGACUGACGGCUGGUUGCAUGGUUGGGAGGAUGAGCUGCUAGCCCACCAAGAGUCCGAGAUAAUGGCUCUAACGGCCCCCGAUGCUCCCUCGCCUGCAUCUGGCGCACCAAGUGGUGGCAAGAAAAAGAAGAAAAACAAGAUCACUUUGAUGUCCACUAACAGUCACCGCGGUGCAUAA